GGCGAUCCUCCCACCUCAGCUUCCCGAGUAGCUGGGACUACAGGCAGGCCAUCCCCCAGGAAAGCCUACGUUGGUGAGGGUCACCGUGGGAGAACGAGUGAGCUACUGCCUGGCACCACCACACCCUGGAAGGUGCAGUUGGGAAGAAGGUUCCCGAGGCUGUAGACAUGGGGAUCAGAUGCUGGAGAAACCCCCUGCUGCUGCUGAUUGCCCUGGUCCUGUCGGCCAAGCUGGGUCACUUCCAAAGGUGGGAGGGCUUCCAGGAGAAGCCUAUGAGCAAGAAGAACAUGAAUUCAACGCUUAACUUCUUCAUUCAAUCCUACAACAAUGCCAGCAACGACACCUACUUAUAUCGAGUUCAGAAGCUAAUUCGAAGUCAGAUGCAGCUGACGACAGGAGUGGAGUAUAUAGUCACCGUGAAGAUUGGCCGGACCAAAUGCAAGAGGAAUGACACGAGCAAUUCUUCCUGUCCCCUGCAAAGCAAGAAGCUGAGAAAGAGUUUAAUUUGCGAGUCUUUGAUAUACACCGUGCCCUGGAUAAACUAUUUCCAGCUCUGGAACAAUUCCUGUCUGGAGGCCUGAGCAUCUGCUCAUAUUCCUGGACUCUGCUGAAGAAGCAAUCUCCUCCAAGAAGCGCCUUCUGAUUGCCUGCCCCACCCUCUGCCCAGGCUAACAUGGAUGCCACUGCUCUCUGGCCACACUUCUAUCAAAACAUGCAAGCUGUUCUCUUUCCAUUGCUCUUUGGCUCUGCCCUCUGGAGCCUCACUUUGAAUCCCUCGGGACAACAAAGUCAGACUGGCUGGACUCACAUCUGGCUCCACCAUUGACCAGCUGGGUGGCUGUGGGCAAGUUACUUAUAUUCAGUGUGCCUCAGUCUUCUCACCUGCAAAAUGGGUAUAAAAUAGUUCCCAUUCAUGCUAAUGAAAUGAGAUA